UCUAAGAAAGAAAGUCUUAAAAGCAAUCUGAACCUCAAGCACGGGCAAGAACAAGACAACCAGAUCACUUUUUCCAGGAAGGUUACAAAUGUCAGUGGUCAACCAAUGCGAUUGCUAUUCAAAGUUAGACUAGGUGUGGCCUGUGCUCUUUUAAUCUGGGCAUUCUUGAGUGAUGGUACAUGCUCAGAGAAGAAUUUAGACAAAGAAGAUGGGAGGAAGCUGGUGCCACAGGGAGAGAUUGUCCCUCUACCUUGUUCUUGGUCUUCUACUUCCAGGAUGGGGCAGUACUUUCACCAUCAAAUGCACAAAGUUUGGCCAGCAUGGGGUGUAUCCCACUCUUCUAGAUUCAGUGUUUGACAGGAAGGCCUUCCGUCCGACUGCCAACUUCAGCAUCCCCACCCUAAUCAACAUCUCCUUCACUUUGUCUGCCAUCCUAGGUGUGAAUGAACAGCUGCAGCUCCUGUCAUCAUUCCUGUGGCUGGAAAUGGUCUGGGACAACCCAUUUAUCCGAUGGAACCCAGAGGAGUGUGCAAACAUCACGAAGAUCAGUGUGGGAACCGAGAACCUCUGGCUCCCGAACAUUUUCAUCACUGAGUUCAUGGAUGUGGACAAGACCCCAAAAGGCCUCAAAGCAUACAUAAGUAAUGAAGGUCGCAUCACUUAUAAGAAACCCAUGAAGGUUGUCAGUAUCUGUAACCUGGAUGUAUUUUACUUCCCCUUUGACCAGCAGAACUGCACGCUCACCUUCAGCUCAUUACUCCACACAGUGGAUUACAUGUUGCUGGGCAUGGAGAAAGAAGUGUGGGAAAUGGCACAAACAUCCCGGGACAUUGUACAGACCCGCGGAGAAUGGGAGCUCCUGGGCAUCUACAAGGCCACCUCAAAGAUGUCUGUGGGCACCAGCCAGUAUGAUCAGAUCUUGUUCUAUGUGGCCAUCAGGCGCAGGCCCAGCCUCUAUGUCAUAAACCUCCUGGUGCCCAGUGGCUUUCUGGUUGCCAUUGAUGCCCUCAGCUUCUACAUACCAGCAGAAAACGAGAGUCGAGCCCCAUUCAAGAUGACCCUCCUGCUGGGCUACAAUGUCUUCUUGCUCAUGAUGAAUGACUUACUCCCCACCAGUGGCACCCCCCUCAUCAGUGUCUACUUUGCCCUGUGUCUGUCCCUGAUGGUGGUCAGCCUGCUGGAGACCAUCUUCAUCACCCACCUGCUGCACCUGGCCACCACCCAGCCCCCACCCAUGCCUUGGUGGCUUCAUUCCCUGCUUCUACACUGCACCAGCCUGAGGAAAUGGUGCCCCACUGCACCCCAGAAGGGAAACAAGGACGUGGGCCUCACCCUUGCCCACCUGUCUGCUGUGAAGGAGCCGGUGGAGUUGGCGGGGAAGGUGCCAGGUCCCAGAAAGGCAGAGUUAAAUGAGUUCCCUGGGUCAACAAGGGCCCGGCAGGAAGACGGGGCUCAGAAGCAGCACUUGGUCAGCCUGUGGGUGCAGUUCAGCCACACGAUGGACGCCCUGCUCUUCCGCCUCUACCUGCUCUUCCUGGCCAUCUCUGUUGUCACGGUCGUCAUCCUCUGGAACACCUAGCCAUGAUGUCUAUCCUCUCCUGCACACUCCACCCCGGAGCUGCUUCCGGUCUCCAGGGACCACCCCGGUCCUUGCCCCAUGUUGAGUACCAACUGUCAUGGCCCCAAAGGUUACCAAAUUCCCUGCUGCAUUUCACGUACCCCAGUCCAGCCCCCUGAUUAGUCUCAAUCCCAUACUAGACAUUUUCCCCUUGUUCCUGCACUCUGUUGGCUUCCCUCAGCCCUCUCACGUGGUUCUAGGUCCGCCUUAUGUCUUCUGCAAGCAGUCCCACCUCCUCUGCCUGCUAACUUGUCCUAAUAAAUCAUUCUGCAGAGAUCCCUGGCUCUUUGUCAUGUUGUGGGGGAAGAAACUUAAAUAUCCAGGACUUCAACUUCAGAAUAUCACCUGUGCACUCCUCUGCCUGUGACGUCAUAAGAGACGAUGCUCUCAACUUUAAGUCCAUCGU